AUGGCGCACCACAACUAUAACGGACACUCAAACUACAAGGGACGCGGUCGAAAUAGAAACCACGGGAACCAACAUGUUCAAGAACCUAUCCCCAAGAACGUACUGGUCCGCAGGAGAUUAUUCGAUCUUGGUGAAGAAGAGAACUUCGUCGUGGGACCUUCUCUGGAAAAGAAGUGGAAAUAUAUCCAGAGUGAAAUCACAGAAAACUAUAUGGCAAUCGUUGAGGGCUUUCAAAUUGGUAUCACUCAGCAACCUUUCAAGAUGCCAUACUGGGCUGCGCUACUAUGUCUCGUCAAAGGGCCUGAAGGUGCGACAGUUGACACGCCAUGGCCCAACAAACUCUGCGAGGAUAUUGUCAAGGGUUUCCAAACCCAGUUAGAUAAGCUCCACUGGAGAGAUAUACGGCUAUAUAUGCACUUCUUCGCGCACCUUACAACAAUCGGCCUUAUAACACCAGCCUCCAUGCUCUCGCAUGUUCUAGCUUUCAAAGCUGUUCUAGACGAACCAGGUGUCUCCUAUGAACGAGCCGCCAUGGCUGCACUUUGUGCAGGAGAGGCUCUCAUGAGGGUCAGCACUGACUGUGACGCAUUUUCGCUCUGGCUAUUAACCGAAGCAUUUGUAGGCUGGGAAAAUACUUCAAGACUAUGA